ACCACAGCACAUCAGCCAGCCCAGGGAACAGGGUGCAGGCGCCCUUGCUUCUAUCAUAUUGAGAGCUGAGCGGCAUUUCCUGGGCCCCAGGCUUCAUUAGCACGUUGGUGGUAUUGCUUCCUGUAGCUGACUAUCUGUUUCCAUUCUGGCAAAGUGUUUGCUCUCUUCUCUCUGCUUUGGGGGUUGGGGGAAGAUGAGCUUCUCAAGGAGCCUGUCUCUGCCCUCUUGGCCGUCUCCCCCUCGGCGUCCCGCACGUCCCCGCCACAAGGCAGAGCGUCUGGCGUCCCCCUGAGCCGAGCUGAGGAGCUCCGCACCCAGAAGAGCUCUCCCCUGCCGCAGUUAGCAUCGCAGCCACAUUCAGUCAGCAGUUUAAGAAGAGACAGGAAAAGUGGCAGACCAGCUGGCAAACUGAUGACGAUUAAGAGAAGGCCUAGGAGGAGAAGCUGAAGCCCAAGAGGGUCGCGGAAUAAUGGAUGUCACCACAUCAGUGCACUCGGAGACCACAGGGAGGACCUCAGAGCCCAGCACUCUGCAGGGAACCCUCGGCAGUCUGGACAAAGCUGAAGACCACAGCAGCAGCAUCUUUUCUGGGUUUGCGGCUCUCCUUGCCAUCCUCCUGGUUGUUGCAGUUUUCUGCGUCCUGUGGAACUGCAGUAAACGGAAGAAGCGGCAAGUUCCCUACCUCCGAGUUACCCUCAUGCCCUUGUUGACUCUGCCUCGACCCAGACAACGAGCCAAAAAUAUUUAUGACCUCUUGCCCCGAAGACAAGAAGAGCCGGGAAGACAUCCCUCAAGGAGCAUCCGUAUUGUCAGCACCGAAAGCCUCCUCUCCAGGAAUUCUGACAGCCCUCCCUCAGAGCAUGUGCCCUCCCAAGCAGGCGAUGCUCUCCACAUGCACGGAGCCCAUACUCACGCCAUGGGGUAUGCAGUGGGCAUCUAUGACAAUGCCAUGCGGCCCCAGUUGUGUGGAAAUCUUGCUCCCUCAGCUCACUAUGUCAAUGUCAGAGCUUCAAGAGGUUAUCCGAGCACUUCUUCAGAGGAGUCAAGAGAUUAUGUCAAUAUCCCCACAGCAAAGGAGAUUGCUGAGACUUUGGCUUCUACCAGUAACCCUCCUGGGAACCUCUUCAUCCUCCCAAGUACCAAGGAGCUGGCGCUGUCUGAAGAAAUAGAUGAGGGUUGUGGGAACGCCAGUGACUGCACCAGUUUGGGGUCUCCAGGAACUGAGAACAGUGAUCCACUCAGCGAUGGGGAAGGGUCUUCUCAGACCUCAAAUGACUAUGUCAACGUGGCAGAGUUGGAUCUCGGGACUCCCCAAGGGAAGCAGCUCCGGGGAAUGUUUCAGUGCCGCAGGGAUUAUGAAAAUGUACCACCAGGUCCCAGUAGCAACAAGCAGCAGGAGGAGGAAGUGACAUCCUCAAACACAGACCAUGUAGAGGGCAGGACAGAUGGUCCAGAGACCCACGUCCCACCUGCCGUGCAGUCAGGGAGCUUCCUGGCUUUAAAGGAUUAUGUGGCCUGUCAGUCGUCUGCCCACAGUGAGAACGGUCCGUGGAAACGUGCAGAAGAGACGUCAAGUGAGGACUCUCACGACUAUGAGAAUGUGUGAGCUGCCGAGGCAAGAGCCGGGGGCUGAGCAGCGGCCUGACCCGCGGCUCUUUCCUCACAAACUAAGACCCAGCCAGCCAGCCGGCAAGCCACACGAAGUGGUCGCUGCUGCCAGAUUCACCCUUGAUGACCCUGUAUUUAUUUCAGUGGUUUCAUUUGGUUAGGCUAAGGAGACGAAAUGAGUAGGGAGCUAAGGGCCUCUCAAAAGCAGAGUUUCGAGAAAGCCAGAAAGUAAUUCUUCUCAGCAAGUUUCUGUUACUUCUCGUACCAACUUAAGAAUGUUUGCUGAAACUACCUUACAGAAUUGUUAGGAGGCCAAAAAUGGAAGAGUCCUUUAGUGCACAGUGGAAACAUGAUGUAGCCUAAAAUCAUUACCUUUGCCAAUAAUGGCAGGCUGCAAAGAAAGAAUACAGGUUAUCUGGUAAUCCAGGCAGAGGCCAAAAGGAAUGAAGAAGCUGGAGUGGGGUGGGGAGGGAGAGUUUCCACUCUAGAAUGAGUGUGGACCACCAAACGCUGGAGAAAACACAGAAUAAUAAUGCUCAUCAUCGCUGAGGGGAUUGCAAGCCAUACCCUUCACUCUGGAAAAUUGUUCAUCAGUUUCUUAAAAACAUACACUUAUUAUAUAACCCAGUCAUUCCACUAUUAGGUAUUUAUCCAAGUAUAAAGUUUCUGUUCACAAGAGAAAAAAAAAAACCUCAUACAUUACUGUUUAUAGCAGCUUUAUUCAUAAUUGUGAAAACUUAGAAAUAAAUAAGUCUUUCAACAGGUGAAUGGAUAAACAAGCUGUCCUAUAUCCACACAAUGAAUUUAUCCACACUCACCGGUAAAAAGGAGUGAAGUAUAUAGGUUUAUGCAACAACAUGGACAAAUAAACACAUUUUGAUAAGUGAAAGAAGCUAUACCUAAAAAUCUACACAUUGUAUGGUUCUACUUAAAUGACAUUUCUGAAAAAAGCAAAACUGUAGAGGCAGAAACCAGAUCAGUGGUUGAGAGAUUUGGGAAGCAGGAACAAAGGAGCUGUACAAGGAGAUUUUUAGGAUAAUGUUUCUAUAAGGUGAUUGAUACUUGACUGUAUGCAUUUGUCAAAACACACAAAAAAAGCCUGUACAGCACAAAGAAUGACUUUAUUCUAUGCAAAUUUUAAAAAUUCACCAGGCUGUUGGGGGCCCCACAAUAUAAUGCAGAUUGUAAAAAUUGAAAAUUUUUGUAAAAGUUUUUUAAAAAUUGAAUUGGUUUUACAAAUGUAUGGCAUAAUCUCACUGAAGGGAGUGGGGGAAAAUUGAGCUGGCUUAAGUAACUUUGGAAAACAAUAUUUUGCUUAAAAAUGUAAGAUAAAGACACGAAGAGCUGAACACAAACACUGCAGUGUAAUUGAUAAAUUUGUGUCUCAUGGGAAUAUAGUUUAGCAGUUUUGAAGCUAAGUCUAUCCUCGAGUUGAACAAAUAAGUAAAUAAGAUACAGGUAAGGAGAGGCAGAUUUCUUACUCUCAGAGAAAGAGGUAAUAAAUAAGCAAGUAGAAAAGGAAAUACAGAUGAGUGCACACGUAGGCUUCCCAGAUGGCACAGUGGUAAAAAAAUCUGCCUGCCAACAGAGGAGACGCAGGUAAAACCCCUGGGUUGGGACGGUCCUGCGGAGAAGGAAAUGGCAACCCACUCGGUAUUCUUGCCUGGGAAAUUCCAGAGACAGUGGAGCCUGGUGGGCUACAGUCCAUGGGGUCACAAAGAGUCAGCCACUUGCCGGGGUCCAGCCCCGACAGGAUCCAGGGGAUACCCUCAGGAUGAACGGCAUUGGCGAGAGAGAGAGAGAGACAGAGAGAGAGAAUGACCAGAUGGGGGUGUUUGCAGGGUCUGGCAGAGUCUGGCAAUGCUUUAUUUUUUACUGUGGCUUUUAUACCGUAAAUUAGUACAUUUCUAAGGGGAAGAUAGUUUAACAUUACAUCAGCUUGUACUUCAUGAAACCAGGGUGUUUUCUGCAUACUUCUUUGUUUAUGAGGGUCUUGUACGUUAUCUUCUGGCCUUGGGGCCUACUGACAUUUUAUGACCUAGGUGAAUGCAAAGCUGUUUUCCGUAAUCUAUUCUUUAAUGAACACAAAGGUCAGUCCUUUUGCAGAAGUUAUCAGUUAAAUUUAUCUAAAAGGUUUACCACACAAAGACUCUGCAGCUCCGUUGAGGCAGCCUCUGUUUAGCAUUCCUGGUUAAAAUUAACAAUUCUAAACUCUUAUUUUUCUAAAUCUUUAACUAUAACCACUUUUAAAAUAAUAUUUUUAUGUUCCCUAAUAGGGCUUCCUCACCUCCCGAAGGGCUCUGUGCCUAUUAGGGCCUUUAUGUGAUCAGAUUCUUUAUGCUGUUUAUGAUUAAGUUUUCGUGAGCAGUCAUGUGCAUUAGUAUGCAUUUGCCAAGCAGGCUAGAAUGCCAGCAAAUGGGUCUAAAUUGAAACACUCCUUUCAUCCUGGAUAAUCUUAUAGGAUACCACCGUCCGGCGGACAUAUUAAUUAAAGUUCUAAGUUGAUUCUGUUUGGAAAGAGAUUGGGAGGGGCCUUCUACCCUUGUCACAGAAAUUAGGGAGUAGUCUAAUAUAGCAAGCAUCAGAAAGACAGAGAUCAUCUUUAAGGUGAGCGCCGGGGCAGCUUUUCGAAAUCCCUGAAAACCUGAUCCGCCUUGCCCAUCAGGUUUUCUCCCUCAUGACCUUGUCAUGGGUGGGAUCUCGUGUGCCGGCUCCCGACACACACACAGACACACUCACACACACAAAUACAUAGGCUAGUAUAUAUGCGUGUGUUUCCUAAUUCUGCCCACUAGAGGGUCUAGAAGCAAUGAUUCUCCCAGAUCUUGGUUUCUAAAUAUCAUUGUCCGAUAAAAGGAACCAGAACUCCUUGGAGGAAUAGCUGGUUUUAGAGCUGAGGCAGGGAAAACACAAGAUGAGUUUGACCACCAUGUAGAAAAGGAAAGAAAAGAAAGAAGCAAGGGGUCAGGGGAAGAAAGAAGACAAGAUGAGAGCAUGUCAAAAGGAGCCAACUGAAAGCACUCCCACAGGUAACUAGAACAAUUUAAGCAAUAAAAAUAAAUAUUUAUAAUGUAGAUUUAUAACUUAAAGAAUAAAAUAAAUAUCCACGAACCCCUACUAUAAUUCUGCUUUGGGCAAGUCCUGAUGAACGGUAAAAUUAGCAGGUGGCACCGUAUGGAAAAAUAAGAUAAUUUCAUAACUUCAAAGAAUCUCCCUUCAAAUAUUUAUUCACUACUGUGAUGGUUUUAAUGUUUAUCCAUAAAUUAUUUGAUACUUCUCUUGGCACUUAAUUCCCUUCACCUUUGGUGUGGGCUGGAUUUAGUGACUCUUUUCUAAGGAAAAGAAUGUGGAAAAGAGAAAAUAGUAAAUCUACAGUGAAGAAUCUUGUAUAUAUGUAGGCUAUUAUACAUGUGUAUUUUCUCUGUGCACUGGAAGGUCUAGAAUCAGUGAUGCUCCAGUAGGAAUGAAUGUACUCAUCUCUCAGACCUUGGUUUCUAAACUUGAUAGACACUGCCUUAACCAUGUGAUCAAGGUCAACUCACCAUUGUUAAGCUAUGUUGUGGACUUCCCUGGUGGUCCAGUAGUUAAGAAUCUGCCUGCCAAUGCAGGGGACAAGAGUUCGACCCCUGGUCCAGGAAGAGUCCACAUGCCAAGAGGCAUCCAAGCUUGUGAGCCAUAACUACCGAGCCGUAUGCCGGAGCUCCUGACGCCCUCGUGCCUGCAGCCUGGGCUCUGCAACAAGAGAAGGCCCCGCAGUGAGAGACCUGAGCACUGCAGCUGGAGAGCAGACCUCACUGCCACCCUGGAGAAAGCCCACCCGCAGCAGUGAGGACCCAGCACAGCAUAAAUACACACAUAGACGUUACGCUGCUCUGUGACCAAGGACAAGGGCGCUUUACCCCUGCGGUAUUCUUCCCUGAAAGCCACAACCCCAGUCUUAUCGUGAGAAGCAUUAGAAAACUCAGAUUGAAUGACAUUCAACAAAUACCUGACCAGAACCCUUUAAAGUGUUACAGUCAUGACAGACAAGGGAAGGAUGGAGAAACUGUCAGGCCGGCAGAGACCGAGAAGAUGUGAUGACUAAGAACAUGAUACCUUGCAUUGGAUUGUAGUACAUGAAAAGGACAUUAGUGGGGGAAAAGGUUAAAAAAAAUAAAAAGAGAAGAAAGUUCAUAUAGUCGUUAAUAGCAUUGUAUCAAUGUUAAUUUCUUAGUUUUGACAAAGGUACCAAGGUUACAUAUUUAGCAUCAGGGGAAGCUGUGUGAAAGGUACGGUAACUCUCUGUACUAUCCCUGUAACUUUUCUGAAAGUUAUGCCAAAACAGAAAGUAAUUUUAAAGCAUGGACAAAGCUGGGAGUGAAGGCAUCUAAGUUCAUUCCACUCAAAUAAGUGUGCCUUUGUUCCUUUUUCUGCAAAAAGGGACAUGAUAUAAAGCACAUGCUACUAUUGUUGCUUUGGAUAUUUGUGUUAGUUUUCUGCAUGGUUCUGUUAAUGUAUGUAUUCAGUCUCUCCUAUCAAACUGCAGUCCCUUUGUCUGUAGGAAAAUAUAAUUAAAUCCUUUGUGUUCACCCUAGUUCCUAGCACAAGGCCCAAGAUAAAGUCAGGUUAUCAAUAACUGACAGGUGAUGAUGCGAGUUCAGUGCAUGUCCUUAUAAAAUGUUGAGUGAUGUUUUUCUGUGGUUCAGGAAUGGAGGCCGAGGCUUAAAGCUAAGCAUCAAAAGUGUAACAACAGCCCACAUUUCUGAGUUCAGAGCACCACCAGCUGUUAGGGGUCAGCCAAAAACCCUCAGAGCUUACUGAGAACAGGAAAAUAAGUCCUAACGUGCACUGCUCCCCACUGCGUUGCACCUCCACUCUGCAGGAGAAGACUGAGUGUGACUGUGGCUGGCCUCUGAGGAUACGCUGGUCG